AUGCAGAUUUCCACAGUCAUCACCGCCUCCCUUCUCCUGCUUUCCGGGAACGCCUUUGCCGCUCGAAGACGCUCAGAGUAUUCCAACCGCGUGGCCAUGCGGGAUUUCGAUUCCCCGGACCGAGCCUCUCUUCAAGGGCUGUCACGCAGGGCCAAGCCCCCUCCCAAGGUCAAGCCUCCUACCAAGGCCAAGCCUGCCGUCAAGGCCAAACCACCUGCGAAAGCCAAGCCUGCUGUCAAGGCCAAACCACCUGCGAAGGCCAAGCCACCUGCCAAGCACUCUACCAAGGGUAAAGGGAAGCCAAUCCUCCCUGGAAAGAACAAUGAUCCCUGGGUAGUAUCAGUUGCAAAUAUCAACGUAUUUCUCAGAAUACGUGGUGCUGGUAAUCAAUCAGCGACUUGA